AUGAAUCUACCCUCUGGGCAUGGAACUCUACUUGAGAAUGAAAUUCGAGAAAAAGGACCGAAAGAGCUCGUUGGAAUUCCAAAAGCGUUGCUGCCCGCUGUUGGAAAGAAAAAGAUUCUCGAUAUUUGGUGGAAAAUCGUCAACCAGCGAACGCUCUUUUCCGACGUUUAUUUGGUCACGAAUGCCGAUAAGUACAAAUAUUACGAACGAUGGGCUACCGCAAACGACUUUCCAGUCAGCAAUAUCAUCAAUGACGGCAGCACCUCAUCCCAAAACGCACUUGGAGCAGUAGAAGACCUCCAGCUUGUGCUCAAUACUGUCGAAAUCUCGGAAGACGUACUAGUUGUGGCUGGAGAUAUGCUUUUCGAAGAGAAAUCGCUCUGCGAGAAAUCUAAAGAACCAGACAAACCCACCAACUUAUCGAUGUAUUAUGAAAUGGGAAAGAACGAAAGUACCCAGACUCGAGGGAUUAUCGAAGUAGACGAUUCUGGGAGAAUCACGAAAUUGGCCGAGAAACCUUCUCAAACUGAAACUUCCUCGAGACUUGCUUCAGUUGUCUUCUACGUUUUCUCAAGAAAAACUCUGAAUUCAUUACCAGAGUAUCUCAGAAAAGCGACAACGCCCGAUUCUAAAAGCUUUGGAAACUACUUAUCCUGGUUAAUUUCGCAAGAAAAAAGCGCUUUCUACGGACUAAAGAUCCCAACGCGAUUCAGCCUUAUAGGAAAAAACGUUGGCCUUGCUGAAUAUCAAGAAUGGGUCGCCUAUUUUCAGAAUAAGAAGAACGAUGCAACGAGUAAUCAAAGCUUCACGGCAAGGACAUAUGCGCGUGUUGGGUUGAUGGGAAAUCCGUCCGAUGGCUUCUUUGGAAAGACAAUUGCGUUGUCGAUUAAAAACUUUUGGGCGAGUGCGAGUAUUCGAGAAUCCCCAACGCUGAAUCUUAUUCCUCAUCCUUUGAAUGAUCCUACAUCGUUUGGAUCAAUGGCAGAUCUCCAUGCUAUAAGCUGCCGAGAAGGGUACUUUGGCGGGCUGCGGCUUCUGCAGGCCACAUGCAAAAGCUUUUACAGCUACUGCCAUCGAAACGGAAUAGCCCUUUCCCGAAAGAACUUCACCUUGAGCUACGAUACAAAUAUCCCUCGCCAAGUCGGCCUCGCUGGGUCUUCUGCAAUCGUAACUUCAACCCUCAAAUGUCUGAUGAACUUCUUCAAUCUCACUGACAGCGAUCUACCAAAACCAAAACGAGCAUCAUUAGCAUUGGACGUAGAAACAUCCGAGCUGUUCAUCCAAGCUGGCCUCCAAGACAGAGUCGUUCAGACUUAUGAAGGCCUGGUUGACAUGGAUUUUGCGAAGGAACUUGUGGAGAAACAAGGAUAUGGGAAUUAUGAAAAUUUGCAUGUUCAAAAUCUGCCUACAUUCUUUCUUGUUUAUUGUCCAAACCCGUCUGAUUCUGGGAAGAUUCAUUCGAACGUCAAGCAUCGUUGGCUCUCCGGCGAUCAGGAAGUCAUCGAUGGGAUGAACAAUUUCAGAAACUUCACAACAAAUGCAAGGAAGGCGAUCGAGUCCGAAAACUGGGAGGAAUUACAAAAACUGAUGAAUCAAAACUUUGAGCAAAGACGAAAGUUGUACGGCGAUGCUUGUUUGGGCGACGAUAAUUUGAACAUGAUCUCAAUCGCAAGAAAAUUUGGCGCCUCAGCUAAGUUUUCCGGCUCUGGUGGAGCGAUUGUCGGACUUUUACUAGAGAAGCAGCGGGAGAUUGAAAUGAAAGAAACAUAUCAGAAACAUGGAUAUGUUUAUGUACAAAUAAUUCCCCACUUUCCUGAAGCCAGCAUGGAUUAG